GUAUAUGUAACGCUCGUCUCUCUCCUCUCAAUCUCUUUCUCUCUCUAACGCGGAGGAGGCGUGAAGGGAGGAGUCGCGCUCCGAUCCGAUCCCUAAUCCCCGAUCCCCGAUCUAGAGCCCGCGAGUUUGAAGCAGGGUAUAGGGAUGGCAACGACGACCGGAGCAACUGGAUGGUUGAGGGGGAAGGUGAAAGCCGUUCCUUCGGGCGACUGCUUGGUGAUUAUGGGAAGCACAAAGGCGGAGAUCCCUCCCGAAAAGACCAUCACUUUGUCUUCUCUCAUCGCCCCUCGACUGGCUCGUCGAGGUGGAAUAGACGAACCCUUUGCAUGGGACAGCAGAGAAUAUCUAAGGAAGCUCUGCAUCGGGAAGGAAGUCACUUUCAAGGUGGACUACACAGUUCCAUCCAUAGGGCGAGAAUUUGGUUCUGUUUUUCUCGGCGAUAAGAAUGUUGCAUGUUUAGUUGUUUCUGAAGGAUGGGCCAAGGUGAGAGAACAGGGCCAACAGAAAGGUGAAGCGAGCCCUUAUUUAGCAGAACUUCAGCGAUUAGAGGAGCAAGCUAAGCAACAGGGGCUAGGUCGUUGGAGCAAGACACCUGGUGCUUCUGAAGCGUCAAUAAGGGACCUACCUCCCUCAGCUAUUGGGGAUCCUAGCAAUUUGGAUGCUAUGGGGCUGCUAGCUGCAAAUAAGGGAAAGCCCAUGCAAGCCAUUGUUGAGCAAGUCCGUGAUGGUAGUACUGUUCGUGUGUACCUGCUCCCAGAAUUCCAGUUUGUUCAAGUUUUUGUUGCAGGAGUACAGGCCCCAUCAAUGGGAAGAAGGGCAAUAAGUGAUGUGAUUCCUGAACCUGAAGUGACUGUUGAUGAUGCAAAUGCUGAAACUUCUUCUGAAACUCAACCAUCACUAACCACAGCACAGAGACUUGCUGCCUCCACUGUCUCGACUACUGAGGUUGCGCCAGAUCCAUUUGGGAGGGAGGCUAAACACUUCACAGAGAUUCGUGUUUUGAACAGAGAUGUCCGCAUUGUUUUGGAGGGUGUAGACAAGUUCAGCAAUUUAAUUGGUUCAGUAUAUUAUCCUGAUGGUGAUACCGCAAAGGACUUGGCUCUGGAGCUUGUACAAAAUGGUCUUGCUAAGUAUGUAGAAUGGAGUGCAAACAUGAUGGAGGAUGAAGCAAAACGGAAGUUAAAGGCUGCUGACCUUCAAGCUAAAAAGGACCGAUUGAGAAUCUGGACAAACUAUGUUCCCCCAGCAUCCAAUUCAAAGGCAAUCCACGACCAGAACUUCACAGGAAAAGUGGUGGAGGUCGUGAGUGGGGACUGCAUAAUUGUUGCUGAUGAUGCUGUUCCCUAUGGCACCCCGUCAGCAGAACGAAGGGUUAAUCUCUCGAGCAUUAGAGCCCCUAAGAUGGGAAAUCCUCGUAGAGAUGAAAAACCUGCACCCUAUGCUCGUGAGGCUAGGGAAUUCUUACGCACUCGUCUUAUUGGCCGCCAGGUAAACGUGUCAAUGGAGUAUUCUAGAAAAGUAAGUACAGCUGAUGGGCCCAAUCCAGCGGUUGCAUCGAACUCAGCUGAUUCAAGAGUGAUGGAUUUCGGAUCAAUCUAUUUAGCUUCACCGUCGAAGGCUGAGGGUGAUGACUCAUCCUCUACUACGGCCUCUGGCGGAGCAAAUGUUGCGGAAUUACUUGUUGCACGUGGAUUUGCUACAGUUGUCAGGCACCGUGAUUUUGAGGAAAGGUCGAACCAUUACGAUGCUUUGCUGGCAGCUGAGUCCCGCGCUAUUAAUGGGAAAAAGGGGAUCCACUCUAACAAGGAUCCUCCAGUCAUGCAUGUAACAGAUCUCACAACGGCAACAGCUAAAAAAGCUAGGGACUUCUUGCCGUUUUUGCAAAGGAACAGAAGGCAUUCUGCUGUUGUUGACUAUGUCUUUAGCGGUCAUCGAUUUAAACUAUUUAUCCCUAAGGAGACCUGUAGCAUUGCCUUCUCAUUUUCUGGUGUUAGGUGCCCGGGUAGAGAUGAGCCUUAUUCAGAUGAAGCUAUUGCAUUAAUGAGAAGAAAGAUUUUGCAGCGUGAUGUUGAGAUAGAAGUUGAAACAGUGGAUAGGACUGGAACAUUCUUAGGUUCCUUGUGGGAGGGUAAGACCAACAUGGCUGUCACUCUUGUGGAAGCAGGUCUUGCAAGGCUUCAGGGUUCCUUUGCUUCAGACAGGAUUCCAGAUGCUCACCUCCUUUCACGAGCCGAAGAGUCUGCAAAGAAACAGAAAUUGAAAAUGUGGGAGAAAUAUGUUGAAGGAGAGGAAGUUUCCAAUGGCUCCACGGCUGAAAAUAAACAGAAAGAAGUUAUCAAGGUUGUUGUCACGGAAGUCAUGGGUGGUGGAAAGUUCUACGUUCAAACAGUUGCUGAUCAGAGGGUGGCAGCUAUUCAGCAGCAGCUUGCUUCAUUGAAAAUUCAUGAGGCGCCAGUUGUUGGUGCUUUUAAUCCUGCAAAGGGCGAUAUCGUCCUUGCUC